UGGAAAUAGAACUGUAUGUAAAACCAUAACCAAAUCUCCGUAUACAAUGUGGCCAUGACAAAGAGGCGUUCAGGAAAUGGUUCUCCUCCUCCAGGUGCAGUGGUGAUGUCACAGCCGGCCAGGUGAACAGGGUCCGGGUUGGCAGAGGGAGCAGUCACCCGAGCUUCAUUCCAGAGGAGGAAGAAGAACAGGCGCCUGCAGUCUGAGGAGUCAAUAUGGUGACCGCCCACAUCGCUGGCCUCCUUCCCCUGACGGUUCUGUGGCUGGGCCUGUGUGAGGUGGUGGCGGUGCCGGAGCAGGGGAUCUGGAGUUCUCCCGUUAUUAAUGGUGACAAGCCUCUCUUUUUCAGAAAGAUAUUGUUCAACCAUACAAACAUACAUCUUAAACUUGACAAAUUUGAGUGUGCAAGUCCUACAAAUAUUACCGUGGAAUGGUAUCUGAAAUAUCACAAGUGUUACAGCGAGUUUUCCACCAUUGAGGAUCUUCAACAAAAUGACCCCAAAGCUUUUUCAGAGAACAAUGAAGAAAACUGGGAAACUUUUACUUGCGAUUCUCAAAGCCAUUCUGUCUCUCUGCAUAAUAAAAAGUUGGCACACGCUGAGAACGUUGCGAAUCAGAACCCUGGCUUUUCCAAUUCAAAGCUACUGGAUGUUGUGGCACAAACCCAGCAAGCUGGACCCUAUGCUUUUGCAGUCCGUUUGUCUUCAGUUCCAAAGGACUCGAAAUGGAGUUUAACAGUGUCUACCUCCAUGGAAAGCCCUUAUGGGUAUAUCUCUGCUUCAGAAUGGCCAUUGAUGAUAUUCUACAUGGUGAUGUGCAUUAUGUACAUCGUCUUUGGACUAAUGUGGUUCAUCUGGUCUGCCUGCUAUUGGAAGGAUUUGUUAAGGAUCCAGUUUUGGAUCGCAGCAGUUAUUUUCUUAGGAAUGCUGGAAAAAGCAGUGUUUUAUGCUGAAUAUCAAAAUAUGAACAGCACCGGAGUGUCUUCUCCUGGUCUGCUGGUAUUUGCAGAGUUGGUUUCUGCUAUUAAAAGAACCCUGGCUCGGUUAUUAGUGACCAUUGUCAGCUUGGGAUAUGGUAUCAUAAAGCCACGAUUAGGAGCAGUGAUGCAUCGUGUGGUUGGAUUGGGAGCUCUCUAUCUGAUAUUUGCCACUGUUGAAGGAGUAAUGAGAGUCAUAAGGACAAAAGAAUCCGAUUUGGUGUUGCUGGCAAGUAUCCCACUAGCUCUGCUGGACUCUGCAUUGUGCUGGUGGAUAUUUGUAAGUCUGGCACAAACGAUGAAGAUACUAAAGUUAAGAAAGAAUGUAGUAAAAUAUUCACUAUAUAGACACUUUACCAACACCUUGAUCUUUGCUAUAUUAGCUUCUGUGAUAUUUAUGGCUUGGAUAACAAAAAAAUUUAGAUUGGCAGAUUGUCCAUCUGACUGGAUGGAGCUCUGGGUAGAUGAUGCUUUCUGGAGAUUCCUAUUCUCCAUUGUAUUAUUGGUUAUCAUGUUUUUGUGGAGACCAUCUGCAAACAACCAAAGGUAUGCAUUCACCCCUCUCAUCGAUGAUUCAGAUGAUGAAGUGGAAGAAUUCCUUGUAACAGAUCACUUCGAUGGCAUGAAGCUUAGAGGAACAAAGACCGAGCCCAAUGGAACAGCGAAGUCUAAUGCUACUAGCAAUGAUGAAGACUUAAAGUGGGUGGAAGAAAAUAUCCCCUCGUCUUUUGCGGACAUAGCCCUUCCAGUAUUACUGGACUCUGACGAGGAGAUCAUGAUGACCAAAUAUGAAAUGUCUAAAACAGAGUGACAUCCCGAGAGAUUACUUCUCAUCUAGGAACUGUGAACCGCUCCGCCACAGCGUCAGCAUUGGUAGAGACUACUUCAGUGUUGAAGACUUUGAAGAGUAAACUAAUGUAUGCUGUGUUAACACUAUUUAUCAGAGACGUUUCUUAUUUUUACACUUUACUAAAAAAAAAAAAAAAAAAAAAAUCUGUUCUACGAGAGGAUUAUUUUAUAGUAAAGCAAAGGUGAAGAGCCUUCAUCGCAAUUCCCCCCCCCCCCCCCCCCUUCAUUCCGGUAAACGUUGUGCUUUUGUUUUUUGGGCUGGAUUACAAAUGCUAAGCCUUGACACGUUAACUAUACGAAUAGUACACGCUAUUUCUUAUGUUUUAGGAUGGUGAUCAUUAAGGAACAUGAUCUACCAUUUUGCUCCUGUCAUCCAGCGACACAGGACGUGUAUGGUCUGUACUGGUGAUGUAGAUGGUCACGGUUAAGACCCCUUUUUUUUUUUUUUCUUCUUCUGCAGUACCCUUAUGCAAAUGUGCUAUUUAUUUUAUAUUUGUUCGCUUCCAUCUUAAUUUUAUGAUUUCUUCAUAUUCUUUGCCUUAAAAAUAAAAAGAAGCACAUUCUGGGCACGUGGCAAGAGAGAACCGAGGGAGAGAUCUUCUCUUCUAAUAUGCAUACGUUUUUGUGAUGCACAUUUCCUAUACGCAGAAUUACGUGUAUAUAUUUUGCAAGAACAGCUAUCAUCCCAUGCUAAUAAAGCUUUUCAGCACAUUUCUAUUCAAGGAAAAUGAAGUUUGUACAAUUUUGAAGCAUUCGGACAGUCUGUACCCUCCACCGCUUUGCUUUAAUUCUUACAAAAGCAAUAACUACAUUAUUUUUUGCUUGCACAGGUUUGCAUGCAGCUCAGUGCACCUGCACAAUAUUAUGUUGUCAAUGUGAAUAUUAGCAAAAAAAAAAAAUGUUUUUCUGUGCUGAGGUUUCUAUUCAGUAUUUUGCAUUUUACUCACAAAUAAUAUAUUGUCCAUUGUAUUAUGGAGUUUAAAUUCAAGUGGCCAUCUACAUUGCUGCUAUUAUUUCGGGUUUUUAAAAGGAGGUUCUUCGGGCUUUAUAAUAUUUAAUGUCCUGUCUUCGGGAUAGGUCAUCAAUAUCAGAUCGGCGGUGGUCUAACACACGGCAUUCCGCCUGACAUCUGUAAGAGAAGACAGCGCACGCAGUGUGCACAUGCCGUCUCCCGCCUCUCUUCCUGUACACUGAUGCCAUGUCUGUGGCAAGCAGGAAGAAAGAAGAGAGACGGCACCUGCACACUGUGGGGAUAGGUCAUCAAUAUUAUAAAGCCUGGACAACUAAGUUAAGGUGUCCAAAUAAGAAGGGGAAGAAAACCAAGUUAUGUAUUUCUGUUCUCAAAAAAGUUUCUCUUUGGUCAUAAUGCCUGAGCCUGGACAGUUUUGUACAUGGCAAUGUUUGGUUGGGGUGUGCAUUUAUUAAUGUGCAGCUAUUGGGCAGCACCCUACAGUUUCUGAAUAUUGGAAUAACUACAAAGACCACAAGGUAAGGGGCUUCAGGCGUUACCUUGACGGGAGGGACAUUUUAAACCAAAUACUGCAUUUCUUUUUAAAUUCAGUUGUGGCCCUGUGGGGAAAAUUACAGUGCAAAUAAUUACUUACGGUGAGCACUUAGAGUCCAAAAGCCAGCAAAUGUUUGGGUUCCAUCAAAUCCAUAGAUAUAUAUAUAUAUAUUUUUUUUUAUAAUUAAAACAUUUUUUUUAUAAUCCCCCCCCCCCCCCCUUACUAGUUUUGAUACAUGACCCAUUUUACUACAGGUUGACUUCUGUUGUAUAUGCAUUGACUUCCCCUACACGAGAAAAAAAUUCUCUGAAUUUUGUCAUUUUGGCCGACCAUCAUUUAAAAAUUUUAUGCAAUGGCAAAAAGGCAGACAGGAAAAUCUGCCAGGCUGGAAAAUGUUGGCUGUGGUCUGCUGACACACGGCACUUUGCACUAGCCCUGUUUUUGUUUUUUGUUUUUUUCCAGUUUUAUCUGUCGAGUUGCUGGUGGGAUUGUAUGAACAUCCUGGAUUAUGCUUUUCUCAUGUGUAUGGCGGGCUUUAUGGCAUGUUCAGAUGUGUUAGUAGCACAGUGUAAAAC